AUGCUUAUUACGCCGUUAGCGUUACGUUUUCGGCCUUUCUUAACUCUCAUAGUAAGUCGAAAUAUCCAAAUAAUAAGAGAAAAAGUUUUUCCCGCCCCUUCGUUUUACAAAAAAUUAAAGCUAAGAUAUGGGUAUGAGCAUACACGAUAUCCAUACGAUGACAUCGUCCAAGCAGGAAAGCGCCUUUAUCUUGUUUGCGCCGAAUAUCCUGAUCAUAAUGAUUUCUUCAAAUAUUUUGGGCUUCGUGAUUCAUUAAAUACUUGGUUUGAAAUAACUACUCUUCAUAUUUGGCUGUGCUUUGUUCGACUUCGACAAGAAGGCAAGGAGGGGAGACUAAUCAAAGAUUCAUUUCACACUGUUAGUACCUUCAUGGUUGACUUAGGAUCUCGCCUUAAGUCAUAUGGUUAUUGGACUCCUUGGACGUCUCAUAUAAUUUCACGUAAAUAUCGCCGACGCUGGGUUGGACAUUUACUUGCUUAUGAUGAAGGAUUCUUGGCGCAUGCUGACACUGCUCUAGCUGCGGCACUCUGGCGCAAUUUAUUUUCUUCAGCUGAACAAUUUGUUACGUUCCAACAGUUAGAUUUAGCUGUAAAGUACUGUCGAAGGCAACUUCAACAUUUAGACACCAUUCGGUCGGAAGUCAUACUUUGCAAGGGAAUGCCCUCCUUCUUGCCACUGGUUGGUUCUGAUAUCUUGGAACCUGAUUAUCAUUCUCAGAGAAUUCGCCAUUGCUUCCGAACCAAAUCAAGUGAUUGA